ACACCCAAUUUUCUUUGUUCCCUCCCUUCCUCCCUCCUGGUCCCCUCUCACUUUGUACUUGGAGGAGUGUUUUGUGGAGAACAAAGACACCCACUAUCUCGUUGUGUUUCUCCUUAUCAUACAUCUCAAAUAACACACGCGCGGAGAAAAAAAAAAAACCAACAACAACAACUACAACAAAGGUUUAAUUAAGAUGGUGGCGGAGGAGAAAUCCCAAAAAACAUACCCGACAACUACUGAGGUAGUGGAUGAACUAAAGAGAAUGGUGGACUUAGGAUUCCCAAUUGCAGCCAUGAGUCUUGUGGGAUACAUAAAAAACAUGGUCUUAGUUGUGUGCAUGGGAAGGUUGGGAAGCCUUGAGUUAGCUGGUGGUGCUUUGGCCAUAGGCUUCACCAACAUAACCGGUUACUCUGUCCUCUCAGGUUUAGCCAUGGGCAUGGAACCUCUAUGCACACAAGCCUUUGGUUCAAGAAACUUCUCUCUAGUCUCUCUCACUUUACAAAGGACAAUUUUGAUGUUAUUGGUAGCGUCACUGCCCAUUUGUCUCUUGUGGCUAAAGCUUGAACCUUUGAUGUUAUGGCUUCAUCAAAACCCCGAUAUAAGUAAAGUGGCAAGCCUCUAUUGCCGCUUCUCCAUCCCUGACCUCUUAGCAAAUAGUUUCCUUCACCCAAUUCGCAUCUAUUUACGUAGCAAAGGGACAACUUGGCCACUUUUGUGGUGCACUUUACUUUCCAUUCUUGUACACAUCCCUAUCGUCACUUUUUUGACCUUCAAACUUCACCUUGGUGUACCCGGGAUUGCUAUGUCAUCUUUUGUUGCCAAUUUCAACACCCUUUUCUUCCUCCUAUCAUAUAUGUUCUACAUGCGCAUCUCAAAGGAGUCACUAUCUAUGCCACUAUUGAUAUCUUGUCCCUUGUCAUCACAACCAGAUCAAAAUCCAACUAGUGUUAGUGCCACAACUACACUAGGCAAGGAAUGGGGCAUGUUAAUAAGGUUUUCUAUUCAAAGUUGUUUAAGUGUGUGCUUGGAGUGGUGGUGGUACGAGUUCAUGACAAUUCUAGCUGGUUACCUCCACAACCCGCAUGUUGCUUUAGCCACUGCUGGCAUAGUGAUACAAACAACUUCUCUUAUGUACACUUUACCAACGGCACUAAGUGCAUCAGUGUCAACAAGAGUAGGAAAUGAACUCGGUGCGGGUCAACCCGAAAGAGCAAGCUUGUCAACAGUGGUAGCAAUAGGAAUGGCACUUGCAAGUUCAAUAUUGGGGUUGUUAGGGACCACAUUAGGAAGAGAGAGAUGGGGGAGAGUGUUCACUAGUGAUAGUGAGGUGUUAGAACUAACCAUGAGUGUGUUACCCAUAAUUGGAGUUUGUGAGCUAGCAAAUUGUCCGCAAACCACAAGUUGUGGAAUCCUUAGGGGAAGUGCUAGGCCUGGUGUUGGGGCUGGGAUAAAUUUUUAUUCAUUUUACUUGGUGGGAGCUCCAGUGGCCAUAGUGUUGGCAUUUGUUUGGAGACUAGGGUUGGUGGGUCUUUGUUAUGGGCUGUUGGCAGCACAGAUAGCAUGUGUGAUCUCAAUUCUAGUUGUGGUAUACAACACAGAUUGGGAAAGAGAGUCAUUGAAGGCAAAAAGCUUGGUGGGAAAGAGUUCAUAUGACAAUUUGGCACAUGGAGACCAAACAGUCAAAUGUGAAGAAGGUAUUCUCUUUCUCUAUGAGAAUAGCUCCCAAAAGUGAUGUUAUUUUGCACCCAAUUUCGUGGGAGGAAUAUACACACUGAUUGAUAAUCGUGGCACUAAUUAGUGGAAGACACGUUAAAGAUCAAAUGACCAUAUACUUAAUUAUUUUUGUUGUUAUUAUGCUUAUGUAUAUGCUUUUUGCAUAACCCAUAUUUUUUCUUGUAUUUGUUUCCUUGCUGGCUACAUGCAUGCAAGGUCUAGUAACUCUACCUAGCUAGGUGGGUGCCAUUGUCUACGACUUGUAAUAGUAGGGUUAUCUGAUUACUGAUUAGUAACAGAUUCAUAUAAUUAAAUUUUGGUUCC